UAUAUAUAUAUAGAAGCCCAUUCUUCUCAUGCACCGAAUUUCUAACGAAACGCUUUUUUGAUUCGUUAAUCCCGACCUUUCCCGUUAUUCAAUUGAAGAAAUUGAAGUAAGAGAAGAAAAACAAUGGCCGGAAUUGGACCUUUAACUCAAGACUGGGAACCCGUCGUUAUUCGAAAAAAAGCUCCAAGUGCCGCCGCCAAGAAGGAUGAGAAAGUCGUCAACGCCGCUCGUCGAGCUGGUGCCGAGAUCGAAUCCAUCAAAAAAUGGUUUUUUUUAGUGAAAAUAGAGGGUAAUAAAAAUUCCAUUUUUUGUAAAUGGGAAUUUGCAGCAAAUGCUGGGACGAAUAGGGCAGCAUCAAGUAGUACUUCUUUGAACACAAGGAAGCUUGAUGAAGAAACUGAAAAUCUUUCCCAUGAUCGAGUCCCAACUGAACUGAAGAAAGCCAUCAUGCAGGCUCGAAUGGACAAGAAACUUACCCAGGCUCAACUUGCUCAGUUGAUCAAUGAGAAGCCUCUGAUCAUACAAGAGUAUGAAUCUGGAAAAGCCAUCCCUAAUCAACAGAUAAUCGGUAAACUGGAGAGGGCUCUUGGUGCAAAGCUUCGAGGGAAGAAGUGAGGUAGAUCUUGUAGAAACAACAAACAGAACUCUUGUAUCUUGCAGUGUCUUGAGUCCUAAAACUUGGUGGUGUAAAUGAAUGUUUUCUACCAUUAUCGUGGCUCGCUUGUAAGAACAGUAUCUUUUAGUGUGUUUGAUGAGUACGACUAUGAUAUGAAGUGUGUUCUUGACUGUUACAUGGGAUUUUCUGUGCCGUUUUUUGUUUGCUUUUGUUGGUUUCAAAUUAUUUCCUGUCACACACCUUUCGAUAAACAGAUGCAUGUAUCAGCUAUAAAAAACAACAGUAAGUAUGCAGGGGAGGAGCUGGAGCUAGAAGGGGGCAGGUAAGGGCCACAGCCUCUCAAAAAAUUGUUUACCUCCUUUAUUAUACAAUAAUAGGUCCUAUCUAAUUAUUAUUUUGGUCUCCUCUUCCCCUUUGAAAUCAUUGUUUGGUCCUUGUAUCAAUUUCUUGCCUUGUCCUAUGUAAGAUAGUAACAUGAUUUUGCUUGCACUGGCUCCUUUGUAAUCUGAUUGUCAGGUAGAAUGAAGUGAGAUUAAAUAAAAUCUCAAGGAUGAUUAUUAGGGUAGGGAAGGAUGGGAUUUGUAAAGAGAACGUUAUUCUCGUGUAUGGUGUUAUUCAAUUAUCUCAA